AUGCAGAUAUCCAAAAUAUGUCAGUUAAGUGAAAAACUAAUCAUGACUGAAAAAUUGGGUAUGCGCUUUGAAGAAGCAGAAAAACAAAAGGGGAUCGUCCUAACAUCAAUAUUCUGCAUUAGUGGGAUUUUGUUAUGGUUUCUAAGAAAUUCAACAAUCCUGGGAACUUUAGUCGCUGCUUCUACUGCCUAUUUGAUGACAGGAGACAGAUAUCAAUGGGUCUAUAUAUGGAAGAAGACUUUUUACAGGGAUAUGAUAGGCUUACGAGUUCUUCUAGUGACAAUGUUUACAAUUUGGAUCUGGGAACGCUCUGGAACUACGGUUGUUAGCCGUUGGGCUAAAGUUGCUAAGAAAUCACCGGAAAAAAAGGCCUUCAUUAUGGAUAACAGAUCGAUGACUUUUCGUGAGGGAGAUGAGUUUAGUAACCGAAUAGCCUGGUACUUUAAACGCCAAGGAUUUAAAACAGGUGAAGUGAUCGCCUUGUUUAUGGAAACUCAGCCGGAGUAUGUGUUUCUAUGGUUAGGAUUGGCAAAGUUAAGAGUUACUACUGCGUUAAUUAAUACUAACCUACGUGGCGCCCAAUUGAUUCACUGUUUGAGAAUCGCUGGAUGUAAAGCUGUUGUUUUUGGAGAUGAAAUGACAGAUGCAAUAAAAGCAAUUCAAAGUGAGCUACCAGAUAUUCCUUUAUUCCAAUUCAACUCACCGGAGAGAGAAUCAGCAUCCAUACUUCAAGAUACCACACCUUUAUCAGUGGAGUUAAGUGAAAUGACAAGUGAAGCUUUCACUGAUAUCGAACCUGCUAGUACCAGGGAUACAUUGUUGUAUAUAUAUACUAGUGGGACCACUGGCUUUCCUAAAGCAGCUAUUAUUACAAAUAUAAGAUAUCUUCUCAUUCCACUCGGAGUACAUACAUCAGCUCGACUAAAAGCUUCGGACAUUUUGUAUGACCCACUGCCGCUGCAUCAUACAGCGGGCGGAGUACUAGGAGCAGGACAAUGUCUUGUACUGGGCUGUACUGUUGUAUUACGAAAGAAAUUUUCUGCCAGUAACUAUUGGAAAGAUGCUGCAAAAUAUGGAUGCACGGCAACCCAAUACAUAGGCGAAAUCUGCCGCUAUCUCUUAUCAGUGCCGCCUGGAUCGAGUGAUAGAUCUCACAAUGUGAAGAUUAUUAUCGGAAAUGGUUUAAGGCCGCAAAUAUGGCAGGAGUUUGUCGAGAGAUUUGGAAUUAAACGUGUUUUGGAAUUCUAUGGAGCUACUGAAGGCAACAGUAAUUUGGUUAACUUGGAUUCUAAAGUUGGUGCCAUUGGAUUUCUAAGUCGACUUGUGUCGUCUAUAUAUCCUCUAACUUUAGUCAAGUGUGACGAAGUAACUGGCGAUAUUUUAAGAGAUGAAAAUGGAAGAUGUAUCAACUGCGGUCCAUACGAACCUGGUCUUCUACUUGGUAAAAUAGAUUCCAAGAAAGCAAUUCUCACAUUUGCUGGAUAUGCUGAUAAAACAGCCUCCGAAAAGAAGAUGGUCCGAAACGUUAGAGUGAAGGGCGACUGCUAUUUUAAUACUGGAGAUAUAUUGGUAAUGGAUUACUACGGAUACUUUUAUUUCAAGGACCGGACUGGGGAUACUUUUAGAUGGCGAGGUGAAAACGUUUCUACAGCAGAAGUAGAAGGAGUUAUCAGUAAUUUAGUUGGAUUGAAAGACGCAGUUGUGUAUGGAGUGUCUAUUCCAGGAGUAGAAGGUAGAGCAGGUAUGGCCGCGAUAGCUGAUCCAGAUCGGAAAGUCGACUUAGUAGAAUUAGCCCAUGGGCUUCAUUCCUCCCUACCUGUAUAUGCACGACCUCUGUUCAUUAGAAUUCUUCCAGAACCACCACUAACGGCAACAUUUAAAUUAAAAAAGAGGGAGUUAAUAGAACAAGGCUUCAAUCUAAGUCUUCACGAAGAACCAAUAUACUUCUUGGACCAAAAACUUGGUGAAUAUAUACCACUAACGCAGAAGUUAUAUGAUGAUCUGAUGCUGGGUAUAAUCAGGCUA